AUGGCAAUUGCAAUGGCAAUGGUCCAAGGUCCAAGAGGAGGUGUUUAUUGGAAGGCAAACGAAGCAGGCUGGCAGAAGGAGGCCAGGCGCAGUGAAAAUGGCGCAGUGAAUGGGAGUGGGUUAGAAAGAGGCGACAUUGUGGGCGUAUGGAGACGAGUGGCGGACGGAAGUGGAAGUGGCGUUUGGACGCUGGAGGUCGAUUGGGUUGUUGGCACGGCUUCCUGCAGCUGCGACAAGGAGUGCAAGGCUAGCCAAGGCCAAGCCACGCCACGCCAAGCUCUUCGAACGCAUCUACCGUCGAUGUAUCUAGGGAGGUCGACGGAAUAG